AUGGUCGAUGGGGUCAAGGAUUUUGGCAAUUGUAUGGUGAGUCAUAGCAGUAUUCUGCCUCCACAAGAAUAUUAUUGCCUUGGAGAUGACGUAGAAUUAGAAAACUUGCAUAUGUUGCCUAUAGCAAGUAAGCAUCAAUCCAUGGAUAUCUGCUCAAAACAGGCAGUAUCCUUGUUUUUCCCUAGUGAUGGUGUGGAAGUUGAUGACUGUUUAAGCAUAGUUCAUCUUCUCAAGGCUUAUGGAGAGGCUAUGGAGAUCGGGUUGAAAGAGUUAGCAGAAGUGAUUACCUUACGAUUAAAGGAGAAGGGUUGUCCUACGGGUUCGACCCUGCAACGUCUUGCUUGUUAUUUGAUCCAAGCAUUGGACAAGCAAGCGAGCUUUCUGAGGGAAGAAGCAAUAAUAAAUUAUGAGAUUGCUUUUAGUGCCUUUUAUCAGACAUUUCCCUACGGGAGAUUUGCUCACUUUACUGCUAAUUCUGUAAUUCUGGAAGCUAUUCCUGAGGAUGCUGAGAUAGUGCAUAUAGUUGAUUUUGACAUUGGAAAAGGCGUUCAAUGGCCUCCAAUAAUUGAGGCACUUGCAAUGCAAGGCCAAGGAGUAGUGGUGAGAUUCACUUCAAUAAAAUGGGAGGAGGAAGAGGGUAGUAGUUAUGAUCCUCCAUUUCAGAGCUUUGAGGAGACAAAAAUGUUGCUAUGUGAACAUGCAAGAUAUUUUGGUCUGAGAUUGAAGGUGGAAGAGAGGGAUUUGGUGUCCUUGGAUAAUGAAAUGAAGAAGACAAACAAAAGAGGUGGAGGGGGUGAGUGGUUAGCCUUCAAUUGCAUGGUGGGUCUCCCUCACAUGGAAGAAAGGAGGAGUGUAAGGAGUGUUAUUGAGUUUCUAAAGGUAGCUAAAGAUUCAAUUAGACUUAAUUGUAAAGGUGGUGGAGGUACUAUAACUUUUGGGGAUGGAAUUGGAUGGGGCAAAGGACUGCAAGGCUGGACUGGUUUUGGGUAUAUUUUUGAAGGGCAAUUGGCUCAGUUCAAAACCUUGUUGGAAUCAAUUGAUUCCCAUUUCUCUCAUCAUCUCAGAGAAGCAAAAAUAGCCAUUGAAUGUUUGUUUUUGAUACCCUAUUUUUCUUUUCUCAUUGACAUGCAAAUGUGGAAGGACAUUUCUGGGGAAAGUAGGGCACUUUCAGAGGUGGGAUUGGUGCCUUGGAGAAUCAGAAAAGAUAAUCUUUUGGAGGCCAAGGAACUAGUAAGAGAAGGAGAGAGUUCUUACUACGUGGAUAUUGAAGGAGUGCCGCAGAAUCAAAUGGUCUUGGGCUAUAUGGGAACUCCAUUGGUGAAGGUUUCUAGUUGGAGAUAA